GCGUGUGGGCGGGGCUUGCUCAGACCACGCCCCCUCCGCCCCCGCCCGGAGCCGCGCGUGUUUCGGGGCGGAUUUUGGGGCGAAUUCGGCGGAUUUUGGGGCGAUUUCGGGCGGAUUUUGGGGGUUCCCCAGCGGGGCCAUGAACCGCGAGGAGCUGACCUACCUGGCCGUGCUGCUGGGCUCCAUCCCCGUGGGCUUCGUGCUCAAGGAGCGCGGCCGGCGCUGGCGGCAGUUUGGGGGUGCCCUGGUGGGGGUGGGGGUGUCCCUGCUGACCUGCGGCCCCCACGCGCUGCACUCGCUGCUCACCGUGCUCGGCUCCUGGGCCCUGCUCGCCUGCCUGCCCAGGCACAGCGGGGGGGCGGUGCUGCUCUGGGUUUUGGGGUACCUCUUCUUCUUCCGCACCCCCCAACUCUGGGGGCUGCCCGAGCCCCCUCCCCACGCCAACGCCCUGCAGCUGCUGCUCACCCUCAAGCUGGCCAGCCUGGCCAGUGACACGCAGGAGCUGCGGGAGGCGGAGCUGACGGGGGUGACGUCAGAGGAGACGCGGCUGCUGAUUGGCUCGCUGCGGCGCGUGCCCAGCCUGAUUGACAUCCUGUGCUACAGCUACUGCUACCUGGGGCUGCUGACAGGUCCGUUCUACCGUCUGGGCACGCACCUGGACUGGGUGCGGUGCCCGGGGUGCCCGCGGGCGCGGGGCCGGGCGCUGCGGCGGCUGCGCUGGGCGCCGGCCCUGGGCGUUCUGGGGGUGCUGGUGGGGCGGGCGUGGCCGGCGGGCGCCGCGCUGCACCCCGAGUUCUCCGCGCGCCCCUGGGCCGCCCGCCUGGCACACAUGGUGCCCGUGUUCCUCGCCCUGCGCCUGCGCCUCUACGUGGGCUGGCUGUGCGCCGAGGCGGGCUGCGUGGCCGCCGGGCUGGGGGCGUACCCCAAAAGUGCCCGGGCCAGGCCGGGACAGGGACCCACGGUGCCAUGGGAGCGCCCCAAAACGUGUGCCGAUAUCCCCGAUGAGCAGUGGGAUUUCGAGGCCAUCCGCACGGUGGACCCGCGGGGCACGGAGCUGGGCCGGCGGUUCCGGGACGGGCUGCGGCGCUGGAACAUGACGGUGCAGUGGUGGCUGGCGGCGUACGUGCACCGGCGGGGACCCCGACGGUACCCCCUGCUCCGGAACGCCUGGACCAUGCUGGUCUCGGCGUACUGGCACGGGCUGCACGGCGGGCAGUACCUGUCCUUCCUCAGCGUGCCGCUGUGGCUGGCGGCCGAGGCGGCGGCCGAGGCGGCUCUGGGCGAUUAUUUCGGGGUGCCCCUGGAGCGGCUGGGCGGCUGGAGGGGCUCGGCGCUGCGGGGCACGCAGUGGUUCCUCAAGAUGAGGGCGUUCGAGUACCUGAGCGUGGGAUUCGUGCUGAGGGGAGCCGCGGACACGCUGCGCUAUUGGGCCUCGGUGCAUUUCUGCCUCCAUGUUCUGCCCCUCCUCAUCCUCCUGGCGGCCGCGGCGGCGGGAAAGGGGCGGCACAAAGGGCGUGAGGGGGAAAAAGGGCGGAAAGAGGGGCAGGAAAAUGGGCGUGAGGGGGAAAAAGGCCGUGAGGGGGAAAAAGGCCGUGAGGGGGAAAAAGGCCGUGAGGGGGAGAAUGGGAGGGAAAAUGGCCGUGAGGGGGAAAAAGGACCGACGUUCUCAUCUCCCCUCACGGCUCAAUAUGGCGGCAAGGCGGGAAACCGCCACUUCUGGCCUCGCCCCGCUGAGGAAGACGGGUGA